AUGAGUUCCUUCGAUGGUAGAGUGUCUGAAUAUCCAUGGAUUGCAAUCGAUUGCUUCUUGAAGCAGAACUUUACUGCGCACUUCUAUUUUCUAUCUCAUCUGCAUCAAGACCAUAUGAAAGGACUCGAUUCGCCUGCUUUUAGAACUCACCUAAAUGGGCGACCGAAGUCUCGUAUUUAUUGCUCAGAGAUUACCAAAUCGAUAUUAAUCAAAGAUGCAAAUUACUCCCACUUAAAAUUAUUCCUUCAAAGUGUUCCCACCAAUGACAAGAUCUUCAUUGAAUUACAACAAACAUUCGAUACGUCGUAUACUGAGAUCGAGACGGUAGCAGUUACAUUUUUACCGUCUGGUCACUGUCCAGGAUCGAUGAUGUUCUUAUUGGAAGGUAAGCAUGGCAACAUACUUUAUACUGGUGAUUUUCGAAUGGAGGGCGAUGAACAUAAAUUUAUGGUAUAUAAUUAUCUAAGUGCAAUCACCAUUGAUUCUGUCUAUCUUGAUACAACGUUUUGCCUACCUGAAAUGAUGACUAUUCCAAAGAGGAAAACUAUUACAAAGCAGAUCAUCAACAAGAUACAGCAAUGGCUUUGUCAAGGUACCAAUCAUGUCGUUUGCCUUCGUUGUCGAGCAAGAUUAGGAUAUGAGUAUUUAUUAUCUGAAAUUGCCAAGAAGUUAAAGACGAAAAUUCUCGUUCACAGCGAUCAAAUCAAACUCUAUGAUAAUAUACCUGAAGUUCGAUCCAAUCUUACUUUAGUUGAUAAAGAAACCAAAAUUCAUAUGUGUAUUAGAGGUAGAUGUCGGCUUCUAUCAGGGCCUCCCACACCUGAUAGCAAGAAAUUGAAAAUUUUACGUAUUAAACCAUGUGCAUUAUCAUUCGCCUAUAAUAUGGAAGCGUUGAAACAAGGCUGUUUUACCAGAGGUGCCAAUUUUUACUCGUUUCUAUAUUCUGCACACUCUUCUAUGGCAGAAAUUAUAGAGUUUUUAAAAUGCCUUCGUCCUUUAAAAGUUUAUCCUAAUGUCGUACCUGUGAAAGAUUCUGAUCUCGAUGCAGUCACACAAAGAAUAAAUGGUAUUAUGGGAAAUUGCGAUAUUCCUCGUAAAAAGACAAAGAUGACCGCAUCUUGUAGUAAUCCUGGCAAAGAUCAAGGUAAAGAAAUUUUACCAUUGGAACCGAUAGCAAAUACUGAUCUUGACUACAAAGCAAGCAGAAAAAAAUCCGCUAUUAUGCAACUAAAUGACAAAAAUUUGAUGCUCGAUGAUGUCGAUCCUUGCCAGCGUUUCAUUUGCCGUAGGCGAUCUCGAGAUAUUCAAAAUAAUAGUUCUUAA